AUGAUAGCCUGUUCCACCAAUAUCAGGAACUUACAGUUACUUUUGUGCUUGACAUGGACGACGCUCUGCCACGGAUUCGUUCCGUCGCCGAUCCCGCGAAGCGAGGCGUUUCUACAACUUUUGGCGCAUAAAACACCGGUAGUCUUGAGCUCCAACGUAGAGAUUCUGCCCGACGCGUCUGCCGUGGGGGCGCGUAUCCGGGCAAUCGUGGAGGACGCGGCGGAGCAAGCUCUCGCAGAAAAGGGAUCGUUCGCUCUGGCGAUCCCGGGAGGUAGCAUUCUCCAAAUGUUGUGCGUACCCGUGACAGAUAGCGCAUUGGCGACGCACGCUAAAGCGUGCAAGCUUUUUCUAGACGAUUGGAAAGGCUGUGCUACGAUUGUAAUGGACGGAACGGAAGACGGUCCUGCCGAGGCCGUGUCCUACGAAUCCAAAAUACGGGCUCUGUCGCCAGAAAUUCUUCCGGUUGUGGACGGCUUGCCCGUGUUUGAUUUAGCCUUGAUUGGCGUCGGCGACGACGGCCACAUUGGAUCGCUCUACCCGGGACGUGAGGAAGCCUUGGUUGGCUGCGACGGCUCGUGGGUGCUGUCCGUUGGCAUGAAACAGCCUCCGAGCAUAACGCUUUCGCUCCCCGUGAUGAAGGCAGCCAAGCAAGUUGUGGUUGCCGCGUGCGGAGUUUCGGACAAGUAUCCGCAAGGCAAGUCGGAUGGCAUGCGGCGAGCAAUAGCGGACGAGAACGAGACUAUCUCCACCUUCCCGGCGGUCGGUUUACGGGAUGUGGCAACCUGGGUGCUCGACCAAGCCGCCGCGUCGAAACUCGGCGUGAGCUAUGGAUCUUAA